AUGCCUGCCGAACUCAGCGAGGCCGAGGCCCUCGCCACGCCCGAGUUCUGGAAUGAGCGUUAUACCCAGUCGGACGGCUCCAACCCGACGCACGAAUGGUUCCGCACCUUUGCCGCGUUGGAGCCUUACUUUAAGAAACACCUCUUCUCUCAAUACCCGCCGGAGACGGUGCCGCGCAUCAUGCAUCUCGGCUCCGGCGAUAGCACCAUCCCAGCCGAUCUGGCAGAACGCGGCUACAAGAACCAGCUCUGCCUGGACUUCUCCACCGUCGUGGUCGACCUCAUGAAGUCCCGCCAUCAGCCACUCGGCGGCAUCGAAUGGCGCUGGGCCGACGUUCGCGACAUGCCCGACGCUGCGCCCACUAAGUCCAUCGACGUCGCCUUCGACAAGGGGACCAUGGACGCCAUGAUCCACGGCUCUCCUUGGUCGCCGCCCGAUGACGUCAAGGACAACACGAGUCGCUACCUUCGCGAGGUGCACCGCGCGCUCAAGGACGAAGGCGUCUUUCUGUACAUCACCUAUCGCCAGCCUCACUUCAUGAAGCCGCUUUUGAACUCCGAGGGCCUGUGGGAGCUCGAGAUGGAUGUGUUGUCGGGCGGUGAGAGUUCUUUUGAUUACUACGGCUUCAUCUUGCGGAAGAAGGCCGAGCCAUGA